GCUAAACCCCAGACGUCCGCGAAAUUGUGAGAAUCUAUCUUCACGUUUCGGUUGUAAUAAUGGACGUUAGCAGCUCCACGGCGAGUAAUGUAGCUGGAGCGAUUCUCGCCGUCCUCGAUUACAGCUCCACCCCUGUCACUCGCAAAUCGGCGGUCGAGUUCCUGGAAUCUAUAAAAUCGGGAGAUGUCAGGGUUUUGGCAAAUACUUCUUUGCUUCUUGUGAAGAAAGAGUGGUCUUCAGAAAUUCGUUUGCAUGCUUUUAAGAUGCUACAGCACUUGGUUAGGCUACGGUGGGACGAAUUAACUCCUCUGGAGUGCAGUGAUCUUGUUAAGGUUUCUAUUGAACUAUUGUCAGAGGUUGCUAAUGCGUGUGAGAGUUGGCCUCUCAAGAGUCAGUCAGCUUCCCUUGUAGCUGAGAUAGUUAGACGAUAUGGUCCUGAUCAUUGGCAAGAGAUAUUUACUUUACUAGCUUCCUUGUCUGCACAGGGUCCCAUACAAGCUGAAUUGACCUUGAUGACGUUGAGAUGGCUCCCUGAAGAUAUUACAGUUCACAAUGAGGACUUGGAAGGUAGUAGGCGUCGGCUAUUGUUGCGCGGACUUGCUCAAUCUUUGCCUGAGAUUUUGCCUUUAUUGUAUAAUCUUCUUGAGAGACACUUUGGUGCUGCUAUGAAUGAAGCUGGUAGGCAGCACACUGAAUCGGCAAAACAGCAUGCGGAUGUGGUUAUAGCUUGUUUGAAUGCCAUCAUCGCAUAUGCUGCGUGGGCUCCUGUUCCAGAUCUUGCCAGAUUUGGAAUUCUUAGUGGGUGCAGCUUCUUACUUUCAUCUCCUGACUUCCGUCUGCGUGCUUGUGAGGUUUUCAAACUCGUCUGCUUAAGAAAAAGACCCAAUGAUGCUUCUACUGCAGAGUUUGAUUCUGCAGUUAGCAAUUUGUUUCAGACCUUGACGAAUGUCUCCAGAGAUUUCUUAACUAGAUUCUCCGCAAGUUCUAGCGUUAUUGGUGAAAAUGAUUAUGAUUUUGCUGAAUGCCUGUGUGAGAGUAUGGCCUCUUUAGGCUCAACGAGCUUGCAAUGUAUCUCUUCUGAUAAUGGCGUUAUGGCCGCUUAUCUUCAGCAGAUGCUUGGUUUUUUCCAACACUUCAAGUUCGGCCUUCACUUCGAGGCACUUCUUUGUUGGCUGUCAUUGAUGCGGUAUUUACUUCCGAAGCCUAGUGAGGUAUCAUCAGCUGGCUGUGUGGAUAGUUCAAGCCAGGUUGACUGUGAGAAGAAAAAGACUUUAAGUCUUAUUAACGAUGACAUCUCUGGCGCUCUACUGGAUGUAUCCUUCCAGCGGAUGCUUAAGAAAGAAAAAGUUCCUUCUGGAAUGGCUCUUUCCCUUGGGCCUCUAGAACUCUGGAGUGAUGAAUAUGAAAAUGAAGGAAAGGGAAACUUUGCUCAGUACCGAUCCAAGCUCUUAGAAUUGAUCAAGCAUAUUGCUUCUCAUAGGCCUCUCGUUUCUAGUACCAAAUUAUCCGAAAGGGUUAUUACACUCAUUAAUAAUCUAUUGGCUUCUCCAGCACCUCUUCAGGAUGUAGCAGUGAUGGAAAGCCAGUCAUUAGCACUUGACUGUGUUGUGGCAACGGUUUUUGAUGGAUCGAAUGAGUUAGCUGGCGGAAGUUCUGAAGCUCAUUAUGCAUUAUGUGGAAAUUUUCAGGGUUUGCUUCAGCAGCUUCUCUCUCUGAAGUGGAAUGAACCAGAACUUAUAAAAGUGCAUGUGCACUAUCUGGAAGCAGUGAGUCCCUUUCUCAAGUACUUUCCAGACGCAGUUGGAAAUGUCAUCAAUAAAUUAUUUGAACUUCUCACAUCUCUUCCACACGUUGUGAAGGAUCCAGCUACUAGUACAUCUAGAGCUGUAAGAUUGCAGAUUUGUACUUGUUUCAUAAGAAUUGCCAAAGCUGCAGAAAAAGGCGUUCUCCCUCACAUGAAGGCUAUUGCUGAUACAAUGAGUUACAUGGCAAAAGAAGGAACUUUACUGCGUGGGGAGCAUAACAUCCUGGGUGAAGCAUUUCUUGUUAUGGCUUCCUCGGCAGGAGCUCAACAGCAGCAAGAAGUUCUUUCUUGGUUAUUGGAACCAUUGAGUCAACAGUGGAUCCAAUCAGAGUGGCAGAACAAUUAUUUAUCAGACCCGACGGGUCUUGUUCGUUUAUGCUCCAACACAUCUUUCAUGUGGUCUAUAUACCACACGGUUACCUUCUUUGAGAAGGCACUGAAGAGAAGUGGAUACAGAAAAAGCAAUUUGAACACGACCUCUGUGGCAAUUCCAGCUUCACAUCCUAUGGACAAUCAUCUUUCUUGGAUGCUGCCACCUCUCAUAAAACUACUCCGUGUUGUUCACGCCCUUUGGUCUCCCUCUGUACGUCAAACAUUACCCCCAGAAGUGAGGGCAGCGAUGACAAUGACUGAUGGUGAGCGGAACAGCCUACUUGGAGAACCAAAGACUAAAUCAUCAAAAGGUGCGUCUGUUUCUGCUGAUGGACCGUUGGAUGGAACUCAAGAGGGAAAAGCCGAGGUAAUACGAAACUGGUUGAAAGGUAUCCGAGAAAGUGGAUACAACGUGUUGGGUCUAUCAACAACCAUCGAAAGAACAUUCUUUACACGCUUAGACGCCAACUAUGUCGUGAUGGCGCUCAUGGAGAACUUCCAGUGGAUGGACUUCAGGCACCUACGGCUGUUUAUUCAUUCCUUUUUAACUCCUGCGGUGAAGUCUUGUCCGAAGGAUAUGUGGGAGCCAUGGCUUAGAAUGCUCUUGCACCCUUUGUUUAUUCACUGUCAGCAAGCUCUCAGUUCCUCUUGGACCGGUCUUCUGCGUGAGGGCAGAGCAAAGGUUCCAGACUCGUUCGGCGUACACAGCGGGUCAGACAUGAAACUCGAAGUCAUGGAGGAGAAUUUGUUAAGAGAUUUGACUCGGGAGAUUGCGACCCUCUUUUUGACAAUGGCUUCUCCUAGUUUAAACACAGGAGUUCCUAGUCUGGAAUAUUCAAGCCAUGUUGGUCGUGUGAACAUGUCUACUCUGACAGAUUUGCAUGCUUUCAAAUCCAACUCUAUAGUGGGUUUCCUCCUGACACACAAAAGUGUGGCUCUACCAGCACUGCAAAUCUGUUUAGAAGUCUUUACCUGGACAGAGGCAGAAGCAACCAACAAAGUCUGUAGCUUCUGUGGUGUUGUUCUUCUUCUAGCUAUACUAACAAAUAACGUGGAGCUCCGAGAGUUUGUUGCCAAAGAUUUAUUCUCUGCAGUCAUCCGGGGCUUAGGCGUGGAGUCCAAUGCCAUUAAAAGCCCUGAUUUAGUCAACCUGUGCAGUGAAAUAUUCAUCAAUCUCUGUGAUAGAGACCCAGCUCCUCGUCAGGUUUUGCUUUCGCUCCCUUGUCUCACUCCCAGCGACCUGCAUGCUUUCGAAGAAUCUGCGGCGAAGCAUCCUAGUCCUAAUAAACAAAAGCAGCUUAUGGGGAGCUUGUUGAUGUUAGGUACUGGUAACAACUUAAAAGCACUUGCUGCUCAAAAGAGUCUGAUAUCACCAGUGUCACUGAAAGAUCGCGGGUACCAAGCACGUCAGAAACUAGAGAAAAUGAAGGUGACCCAGUAGGAUUAGCCUGGGGUUUGUGAUAUAAGACCAUAGGAUGAUAGGAGUGAGGAUUGUACAUAACAUGAACAUAAACAGAGUUUCUUGGGAGGUAAUAAUAUAAAGAAACAUGUUUAUGUUCAUGUCAUUACUUAAUCACAUUACUUGUCGAAUCCAUAAGAUAGAAAUAGUAAGUGCACAAUACAUACAUGGACAAGG